AUGACUUCAACCGGAGAAAGGCUGCUGCGCUCGGCGUUCGAGGAUGGUACUCGAAAGGACCUGACGAUUCAACAAUAUAUGAAGCAUGUCGUGCGCUUGUUUCAAGGGUUCAAAAGACAACGAGACUUCACCAGCUUCGAUUGGAUCAAGGAUGCCGACGGAAUCAUCAAGUACUUUCAGGAAACAUAUUCCACAAAGCUGUCAAUGCAGGCCACUGGGAUCAAUCCGCUCUUGGUUCUAGUGCGCAAAGCAUUCUCCGACGAUAAACAGCUCUAUGAUGCCUAUUACAAGCGGUACAUAGAGGUUCGUAAGCUCAUGGAAGAUGCGAAGCCUCCUCCCCAGCAGCUGACAGAGCGGGAAGCGGCCAAUUGGAAGACACUCAAUCAGAUAAGUGAUCGCCGAGUGGAGCUGCAAAGGCACGUGAACCGUAAGAUCCUGCACAAGAGGCCCGAAGAAUUGACCGAUGAGGACAAAUUUGUGCUUUUUCGCCACCUCAUACUGUGCCUUUAUAGCUAUCAACCAGCAAUCCGCAAUGACUACAGCGAUUGCCCCAUUGUGCGCUUGAAGGACAUCAAAACGGCCGAGACCGCAACAGACAAGAUUGAGACAUCAAAUAAGCACAUGUCACGUGAGAAUGACUCGAAUGCCACCUCACCUGUUAUUGAGAACUCAACAUCGAUGUCAUCAGCACCUCUUGGAAAUGUGCAAAACACGGAGGCCCUGCCCGGAUUGGAAGGCGCGCUCCAAGAGAUCAAGAGGUUGCUGCGUGAUAAGGUGCAAGACGACACCGGCACGUUCAACGGUGUUGGAGAAAUGACCCCUAAUGGGUGGCAGAUCCUAAAGUUCAAAACAAACGGCACGCGAACUUGCUUAAAUGGUCAUCAACACGAUUCGAACCAGUUUAGCAUCAUGAGCAACGGAUGCAUUCUUGUGUACCGCUGUCUCAGUCCAGGGUGCAUUGAUCGACCAAAGCAACUGCUGGGCAUUCACUUUUGGCCCGAGUGUUUGCCUCUGAGAGCGGAAGGGGAACUUUUCAAGACUUGCGAGAGCUACAUUCUUCCCUUCGAGCCGUCCACGGAUGAAAGCGACGAGAAAAGGAAGAAAAAGGAAGAUGACGUACGAACAAGGAAAGCAAAACUGGACUUGCUCGAUCUCGAUUUGCGUAUCAUGAACCAUUACUUUGCCGUUGUCCGCUCGACAAAGGCUGUUUAUCUGGAAAUGAUCUACUCGAGAGACGAGAAUGGGCAGCUUCAGCCCCAGGAGACCAUCGCUCGGUCCGGCCGCAACUUUUUGGAGGUCUGCGGGAAUUUCCAACUCCAGAGCCUACCUGGAAAAAGCAAGGAGGUUGCCAGAUUCUGGGAGAGCAGUCCUAAACGCCGGGAAUACGAUCGAAUCGUAUUCGAGCCGGACCCGUCAAAGGGGUCAUCACGACAUUUCAAUCUGUUCUCCGGGCUGAAAUUCAAACCGCUCGACCGCAGAUUGACGGAGUCGGAGCUCGUGAAGUGCGAGGAACAGAUGCCAAAGCUCAUGUGGCACCUCCGCAACAUCUUGUGCGAUGGCUCAAAGGAGCGGUUUGACUACAACCUUCGUUGGAUGGCGCACGCCGUUCAGAAGCCUUGGAGGAAGAUUGGUGUCGCUCUCGUGUUUCGCAGUGGGCAAGGGUGCGGAAAGUCUGUAUUGUGGGACUUUUUUGGACGGAUGAUCCUUGGCGCCAUAUAUUAUUUGUAUUGCAACGAAAUCGAAAAGAUCAUUGGCAAAUUCAACUCACUAGCAGCCAACAGGUUGUUGAUUGUGUUGGACGAAUGUGGCAGUUGGGGCGGAGCGUAUCGGAUGAACGACCGGAUAAAGUCCCUAAUCACUCAGGAGACGACGUGUAUGGAGCGCAAAGGCCAAGACCCUAUCAGCGUGGAUGACAAAAGCAAUAUCGUCUUCACCACAAACAACUUUUGGUCUGUCAAACGAGAGGCAGACGAUCGCCGAUACUCUUGCCAGCAAGUCUCAGAUGCCAAGAUGGGAAACAAGCAAUACUUUGAUGAGCUCGUGGAGCAGUUGGAGAAACCCGAGACCGCAUAUCACCUCCAUCGAUAUCUAUCAUCCAUUGAAAUAUCCAAUUGGAAUUCUCAGAAGAUGCCAGUCACAACUUGGGGGGAAGGCCUUAAAGAACACUCCAUUCCACCCCACGUCAAUAUGAUGCAAGCGCUGCUCGAGAACGGGUGCUUUCACCCUUCUUUGGAGACGUGGGUAGCAUCGACAGACAUCAAGCGGACUUAUGACACGCUCCUGCAUCAGAUGGACAUCAAAGAAGACCGCCAUACCGGCGUCAACGUCUUGAUGCGCUCUCUCAAUGCCGUUUUCAAUAUGCGACCGCAGGCACGCUCCAUUCAGGGGGUUCGAACCCAUAAGGGAUGGUGGUUUGCCCCACAGGGCGCUAUCUGCGAGGCUCUCCAUAAAGGCAAGCUUAUGAGCUCGACUGUGGAAUGGGUAGACACCUGGCAACGGCUCGACUAUACCGAGGAUGAAGAAGGGCCAUGGAUGACAGAUUCCAAAGCUCUUCAGGAGCUUGUUGAUGCUUCAAAAGAGUCAAAAGAGUCGCGACAAUCCGCCGCAGAGCAAAAGUGCUCGUUUUGCUCGAAUCAUCAUGAGUGGGUAGUGAGAAGGGAUGGGGAGGGGCACAUUGUUUGA